AUGCAAUCACACAAUGAUCCCAAAAUCCCACCCAGCCAAGAACUAUCAUCACUGAUAUCUCAAUUCAGUGAAGAAGUUCCAGCUGCAUCUCCUGUGUUUGAGGGUCAUCUCUACCUGAGGACAGAAAAGAAACAAUGGCAAUGGCGACUCUUUCGCUUUGACGGAUCCUCAUUCACCUGUCUCUCUACACGUAAAGUUAAACUACCGCCCAACACAGCUGUCGAUGGACCUAGCGAUCCAAACUUACAACUCAGCUUCCUGCAAGCCUCUCCACCAACCUCCUUUACCUCUCCACUUCUUGCGACACCAAAAAAACAACCCCACAUUCGAUUAACAUCAAAAAGCAACCAGUUAAAGAACCAAUCUCAAGACCCAGAACGUGUCAUGGCUAGCUACUACCAAUUACCAAAAUUCACUAUCGAUAUAGCUAACAUUUCAGCAGUAUCGAUGCUGAAACGGCCAAGCAAAACAAAUAAUAAUAGCAACAAAAACAACAGCCAAGGAUUUUACUCAGCAAUUACUAUCGCACCAGCACCUUCAAAGUGCUUUUGUGUGCGUACCUUUGAUGGACAAUGCUUUGUAAUGAAAGCUCAAAAGCAAAAGGAUCUCGAAAGAUGGCUUUUUGUACUCACAAAAAUGUGGAACUUUGUCCAAGCAGACAUCUUGCAAACCCCUCAUUCCCAACCAUCCUGUCAGAUCAAUCAAACCGAGCCGUCGCAAUAUGAUCAACGCUACAGAAUGCCAAUCCUCUCUUUUGAAAAAACCCACUGGAUCGAGGAGUGGCGAAAAUCGCUCGCUGAGCUCAUUGCAUACGACCCGAACAUCAAAGUAAGCCCUCCUCCAAUCGAAUCAAUCCCAGACGACGAUCGUAUGAGUGUCUAUAGCGACAUGACAAGUGUUAGCAACCGUAACCAGCAGACUACCUAUGCUUACGGAAAGCCAUCCGGCUUGCCUUCUCGACGACGCACACCCACAAUUAGUUCUAAGCGAUCCAAUCGAUCGCUACAGAAACUUCCUACUGCAGUUGAGCUAGAGAUGCCUCUUCAGCAGCGUACUCGAUCCUCGUUGAGAAAAAAACGGUCGGACGACGUUAAGAACUGGAUAGAGCCUGCUAAGCGCAUGGAAAGACCUACUGUCGCCCAUCCCAAUACGACACCCACAGACCCAUCGAUACUACGCAGAAACUUAUCUGUGCAAUCGGCAUCUCGAUCGGUCCGCACAAGCUCGAUGAGAAAGCCAAUGAUCCAACGUCUCUCGACGAACUUCAACCCUGGACGAGUGUCUUCUUCUCCAGAAAUUUACCACAUCGAUUUUUUCCAAGAUACCAUGACAGUCGAUACCGACGCUCAAUUGGAUGUAAAUAAUGAUGAGCAGGACAAACGACUCCCUACGGUUCGUUAUCACCCGUCUGUUCGCGGCAAAGCGGUUCACAUCGUAAACCAAGAUAGACAAAGUCAGUUUCUCCUUAGAGGCGCAGAAGAAGAAAAAGAAGAAAAAGAUACCCGCAACUCUCAAUCGACAUCCAGAAGACGCUCUUCAGUCCCUCUCGAGGUAGAAAUGCAAUUGAGUCUUCAUCCUCAUCAUCAUCACAGUUUUGGUGACGAGCGUCUUUCUACUAUUUCACCUUUGCAGAAUCUAGCAAACGUAGAGAAUGGACUGUCUUUCAAGAGAAGACGGGAACGUACACCAUCAGGAAACCCAGCCACACCCCCACCUCUCAUGUCCCCCUGGACAAGUGAUCUUACUGUAGAUCAAGAUGAAGAAGUGUGCUUAGCAGACAUUCAAAAAUCCCUCCAACAGACGCAUUUAAACGAUGGUUGGCAGCACACGCGAUCCCCCUCUGCAUCCUCUAUACUCGAUCUCCAGAAACAGCAAAAUUACAUGUAUGGCACACCGAUAAUGCCUUAUCCUCAAUCAUGCUACCCACCUCCGUCUCCGUCGCCGGCUAUGGUCAACAAUGCUGCUACUAACAAUAAUCAGUCUUACCAAAACUUUCCUUUUGUAUCACCUAUUGUUGCACCUGCUAUUCCACCCGUUCAAAUCAUCCGACCUACAACAAUUACUUCUCCAACUUGUUUUUCAUAUGAACGUCCAUUCUUACAAGACAAAUACAACGACAAAGAUAACCUUGAACCUAUCAUGUCUCGGUCCUCUAGAUCGAGCACAAACCGUAAUACAAGCAGUCGAAAGGGUUACGAGCCGCCCGGUGUAGAUGCCCAACAUGGAAAUUACUCUAACCAGAAUCAAAAACGUGAGAGUUGGGCCAUGAAAACAUGGACCACACCCGAUUUUCAACACCCCACAUCAGCAGCAACCGCAACAAUAGGAGGGACAAAUGCUCGCCCCCAGUCAAUGGCACCCGAGGAUUAUUAUGUCAAAAAAUCAAGACCAAGAAGCUGGAUGAUUCCUUCUAGGUCAGCAUUGACAGAGAAAUUUCCUGAACGUCUUGAGCCUAGUGAUGUUAUCGUAACUGGUCGGCGAUCAAUGGACCUAAUAACCGAAGGUCGAAAGGGAAAACGAUGGGGCUGA